AUGUCGAAAGCAGAUUCUACAGAAUUAGAUAUAAAUAAGUUAAGAGAAGAAGUAGAAAAGCAAAAAAAUAAUAAGUUCAUUUUAUUAGGAAUAUUCUUAGUUGCUUUAGUUUUGUUUGGCGUUCUCUUAAGAUUUUCUCCUGAAUUAACACAAGAUGAAAAGGAAAAAUUGUUUAGAUUCCCAAGAGGUGCUGAUGAUUUGAGAUUAAUACAUUAAGUCAUAGAUAAAUAUUCAGAAUAAAAUUAUACAUUUGUGCUAUUUGCAUUUUGCUAUUUGUAUAUAUUUUUGCAGUCUUUUGCUAUUCCUGGACCAGUUUUUCUCAGUAUAUUGAGUGGAGCUAUAUUUGGUGGUGUCUAAGGAUUUAUGCUUGUUUGUUUUUGUGCAACUACUGGUGCAAGUUGCUGUUAUGGACUUUCUUAUACUUUAGGAAGAGGUUUAGUUCUUAAGUACUUCCCAAGUAUGCUUGUGAAAUUCUAUAAUAAGAUCUAAAGUAACAGAGAACAUACAUUCUUUUACAUGCUUUUCUUAAGAUUAACUCCUCUUGUUCCUAAUUGGUUCGUGAACAUCUCCUCACCUAUUGUAGGAAUGCCAAUUACUAGUUUCUUCUUUGGCACAUUCUUUGGUUUGAUGCCUCUUAACAUUAUUCAUAUUAAUGCCGGUAUGACUUUAUCAAGUCUUGAUAAGGUUGGUGCUAGUUUGCAAAAUAUUUUAUGGAUAGCUCUCCUUGGUUUCCUUGCCUUAAUUCCAACUCUCUUUAAAAAGAAAAUCGAACAGUUUGAUGAAAAACAUAACAAAGAGGCUGCAGCUGCCAAAACUGAGAAGAAAAUUAAUUGA